AUGUCCCCGCCAUCUAAAGUCGUGGAUGCGAGCCAAGGUCUCGGGAGCUCAAAGUAUAACCCAGUUCUUAUUGAUUGUGGAGAUAGUCCAUAUGGUUCUCGUGAGAACCCUAUCUACAUUGUAGACUGGGAGGCGAUUUAUGGAUACCCUAAGAGACAAAGCACUGAACCUGGGUCACCCGAGCCCCCUAUUCAUGUUCCUGCCCCUGGAGGCGCAGUUCUUGUCGAUGCGAGCGUGCAACAGCCACCCCUACAUGCGACAAGAGGCCAAGCUACGUGGAUGACAGCUCCUCACGAAACACUGGGACAGAAUGGAGUUGGAGACGAGACGCCUAACAAGUUGAAGAGUGACGAGAAUCCCCGGAAGAGGAAGCGUGUGGUCACCCCUCGAACCUCCGUACCGCUUAAGUGGCGACUAAGGGUGAGAGCAAAUUAA